AUGAUGGAUUUAAAACCACUAGAUUUGUCGGAAAUCGCGACGGUUGAAGAACUACAGCGACGUAGAGAAGAUAUUACCAAUAAGUAUGACGGUUUUAUGGACGCUCUCAAAAAACGCCGCUCGCACUUGCAACAAGCUCUCAAAUUCGGAUACUGGCAAAAAGACGCCGCUGAAUUGAAAAAGCUGCUCGAGGAUCAUCUCGCAUUGGCAAGGGCCGAGCAUGUUGGCCAAACAGCGGCUGGUUUCGCUGCGCUGGGCGACUUGGAAACGGACAAAAAAGCGAAUAAGGCCGGUCUUGAUCGACUCAUUGAAUCUGGCAAGGGAAUGAUCGAAGAAGAUCAUUUUGCGAAAAGCGAAAUUCAACGAACGAUUGAUGGCCUUCUCGAUCUCAUGACUCGACUUGAACAGGCGCUUGUCGAGAAGCGAAUGAAGUUAGAAUUGCAGCAGCGUAUCGAUGAGUUCCGAAGUCAACUUAGAAAUAUGUCGGUUUGGAUUGCAGAAAAGCUACCCGCCGCGGAGAGCGAUAACUAUGGCUCGACGCUGGAGGAAGUCGUUGCGCUGCAGGCCUCGCUCGUCCGGCUCGAUAAUGAAGUUAAUGCCUCCGAAUCAAUUCUUACCAAACUGCACGAAGAAUCCAAGGAGCUGGAAAUCGAAGCCGAGUUUCAAGAAAUCCGAAGCGAGUGGAGCACUCUCCGCGAAAAACUUUCUGAACGACGCGAGAAACUGCUUAAAUCUCUCGCAAAGCAUAAGUUUUUGGAAGAAUGCGAGCAUCUGACAAAGUUCAUCGUCAUUCGACGGGAUCAAGUCGACUCCGUGGAGAUUUCUACGUCUAUUACAGAGUGCGAGCAGUUUUUGCGGAAUAACAAUCGAGCUUCCCAGGAAGUUAAGGCGAAUCAAAUCAGAAUUGAUGCUCUCCAAUCGCAGCUAGAAUCGAUCGACUCUGACGAGUGCAAAGAAUCAUUCGAUGCCGUUGAGAAAAAAUGGCAGGAUCUUCUUGAAUCCCUCGAGCGACAAGCCAAAAUGCUCCGAAAAGAGCUUCGAAAUCUCAAGUUCGAGGAUCAAGUCCGAAGCUACUCGAAAUGGGCAACCGAGACGAUCGAAUCUGUCAAAUCUGUCAAUCACCCUAAGGACGAAAAUGAGCUCGACAGCAUCUUGGAAAUUUUUGAAUCGCAAAAGGAAGAUGCUGAGUCGCGACGAGCGCUGUACGAGUUUUUGAUUGCCGAAGCAGCAGAAAUUGGCGAUGAGUCGAAAGAGCAAGAGCUAAAAGAACUCAACGCUGAAUUAGUUGGCGUUAUUGCGGAGAAAAAGGAGCUCUAUUCUGAUGCAAGGGAUUACUUCAAAUUCACAAAUGACGGCGAGGGCGAACUCGUGUGGAUCAAUAAAGCUAAAGAGCAAUGGCAAACUCUUUCUUCCCAGAAACUUGACUCGAUUGCCGAAGCGGAAAAGGCACUAGCUGAGCAAAAACUCCUCACUUCUGAACUGGAGGCUCGUGAGCCACGAGUAAAGCAGCUUUUGGCUUUGAAAAUAAAAUUCGAAGAAGAAAAGGCUGAUAAUCUAAAGGCUCAACUGACUACCGAAUUGGAAGACCUGGCAACUAUUCAAGGUCAGCAACAAGAAAAAAUCGAACAAUCGCUCAAGCUCCACAAGUUCAACGCUGAUGCGGACGAGUUGGACGAGUUUAUCGACCAGAAGUAUGCGACUUUGGCUGAGUGCAAUGCUGCUGAUCUUCAAUAUUUACCAGCUAAGGAGCAGAAACUAACUGCAGUGAGAAAUGACAUUGCUGCCAACCAAAAGCGGCUCAAAGAUCUUCAAAGCGAUACAGAAGAGUUACCCGCUUAUGCUCAAGUCGAAUCCAAGCUUGAGGAAGUCGUCGAACAUUGGGACAAGCUGCAAGCUGAGGUCAACCGACUUCAUCUUGUGCAACAAGAAGCAGAACAAGCGGCUGCAUUUAAACGAUCCUGUGAUGAGAUCGAGAGUUGGAUCGAUAAUAACGAGCCCAAGAUUAUGUCUACUGAGACUGGGAAAGACAUUGAGUCAUCAAAAGAGCUUCUCGAUACGCAAAAAGCCCUGGCUGAUGAUUUCGCCUCUCGAGACGAUAAGAUCAAGGCCCUGGAGGCACAGGUCCAACAGCUCAAAGAUAAGGACAACUUCAAGGCAGAAGAGCUCGAACAUCUCAUCGAAACAACUCGAAAGCGAUACGACGAGCUCGCACCACAUGUAGCCAAAGGAGAUGAGCGACUGAAAAAAGCGCUACAGGACUUUGAAUUGCUUAGAAACAUCAACGAACAACGAGAUAUUGCCGCCGAGCAGAAAACGCUCCUCGGCUCUGAUUUUAAACCAAAGGACAUUAUUUCCGCUGAAGCUGCCUUGAGCAAAACUCGCAACCAAAAAUCCGACGUCGCUUCUGCUGAUCAGAAAAUCGAAGAACUAUCCGUGGAGGCAGAAAAGUCUGAGAACGACGAUAUCAAAAGCGAAGCAGAAAAACUCAAAGCUGAACGAGAAUCUCUCAAAAAUGCGAUUGAUGCCAAGGAUGAAGAGCUCAAAAACGCUCUUCAAGCGUUUACAUACCUUUCUGAUGCUGCAGAAGCUGACGACUGGAUUAAAGAAAAAAUGCUUGCUGCAAAAGCUGAUCAAAUCGGAGCGGAUGAAGAUGAGGCCGAUGCAAUGUUGAAAAAACACACGACUCUUUGUGAUGAUAUCCGAGCCUUUGAAAAGAAAAUCGGCGCUCUAAAAGAAGCUAAAGAUGCUUGUCCUGCUCAACAGAUCGACCUUGAGCCUGAUCGCCAGGAAAUGAAAGUAAUCAAAUCUUUCAAAGCUCAAAUCCCACGAGAGCUUACAGUAGAAGAGGGAGACAUCGUUAAGAUCCUCUCGAAUCCAGGCGGUGAAUGGGUAAAAGUUUCAAAGGGCUCCUCAAGCGGCUACAUUCCCAGCGAAUGCCUUGUCUACAUCGACGAAGAUGGCAAAUCAAAGGAGUUUAUUGACCUGACCGAGCAGCAGGAAAAUCUCGAGGCCAGCUUCCAAAAGCUCAAUGAAAAGGCGGAUGAACGAAAAGAUGCACUUGAAAAACAGAAUAAGAAAUUCGAACUCGACCGCGAAGCUGAGGAUCUACGACUCUGGAUUGCUGAACAGGAGCAAGCGCUUAAACAAGCUCAAGAAGAUGGAGAGGAUCCAGAAGCCCUCCGGCAGAAAUUUGAGCAAUUCCAAAAGAAUCAGAAACAAGCCGAAAAGGCUCUCCACGGUCUCAAAGACAAAGCCGAAACUAUUGGCAUCAAGGAAUCGCCCUCUCUCGACGCAAUGAAUGAAAAAUGGAAAGAUUUGGAAGCUCUUGCUGAUGACACCGAAAGUCAAAUUGGCGGUGCUAAUCGACUCAAGCAGUUCUUGGGUGAAGCUGGUCAAAUCGCGGCUUGGAUUCAACGUAAAAAUGUUCCAAGCGAAGUUCCAGAUACUCUCGCAAGGACGAAUGCAAUGAUUCGCCGCCACGAUGCUCUUGAAGCUGAUAUGAAUGCCAUCCAAGAUCGCGUUGAUCUUCUGACCGACCAAGUCCCGAAGCUCACCGAAGAGCUGCCUGAAUCCCGUGACGAAAUCGAGCGAACCAUGGAUUCCAUUAAAAUCGAAUGGGAAUCACUUAAAUCUAAGCAAAGCGCGCACAGAGAUGCUCUUACUGAGCGGCAAAAAUUCUUGGACUUCAUGAGCAAGGCAAAAGCACACGAAAACUGGCUUGGAAAUAUGAGUAAUCAGCUUGAAAAACUCAAAAUUUCCGAUGAUCUCGCGAUAAUAGAAGCUCAAAUUAUGCAACAUUCUGAGCACAAGAAAAUUAUCGGCGAAAAGAGCGAAGAUUGUGAGAAAAUCAUCAUUCGUGGCAGUGAAGUUACCGACUCAAAAGAAAAGGUCGGAGAAAAAUCGAACGAGCUUCGAGAGAAAACGAAAGAGCUUGAUGAUCUCUGGGAAAAAGUCCGAAAGGUUCUUGAAGAAGCCGCGAAGCUCGCUCGAUUCCAGCGUGAUUGCCAACGAUUUGAAAACUGGAUGGAAAUUAGAGAAAAUGCCCUUUCAUCUGAUGAUGAGGAUCAAAAUGUCGAGAUUCUUGCAAAGAAAACUGAUGAUUUUCAUCGCGGAAUUAAGCAGCAAGAAGCGAAGAUCAAUAAUAUCAUCGAGAAUUGCGAAAAACUUACGGAAGAAGGGCACUCACAGGCUGAAAAGAUUCAAAGCAACAAAGACAAGCUUCUUGAUCGAUGGGAAGGACUCAAAGCGAAGCUUACAGAGCGACAUAAAGAAAUUGCUGAAGUUGAAACGCUGCAAGAAUUCUGGAAGAACGCUGACGAAUUCUCUGAGUGGCUCGACGAGAAGAUCAUUAUUGCUGAGCAGCCAAUCAAUGAUACGAAUCUGAACGAAGGUCUGCAAAAGCACAACGCUUUCAAAGCUGAAAUCGAGGCUAACAUGGAUAGACUUCAGUCAAUCCUUACCACUGGUGAAGCCAUUGCUGAUAAGAACAAAGAACAAGCGGAAAUCAUCGAAAAGCGAUCAGAAGAAUUGAAAGUUAAGUCAGAAAAGCUUCACAAGCUAUCUGAUGACAAGUCAAAAGCAUACAAUGAAGCUGUCAAAAUUCGCCAAUUUAUCGCUGCUUGCAAUGCUCUUGAGUUUUGGAUCGUUGAGACAAAGACCAGACUUGACACUGCCGAAGCAAAAGACCUCUCUUCCGCUUUGAGAAACAUCAAGAAGAUCUCUCAAAUCCAAGUUGAUAUCGCAAACAAACGAGAGACGCGAGACUCUCUUCUUGAUGAGUUCGAAAAGCUGCAAAUCAACGAGAAAGCGACUGCUACGAAGAAUAAGCUAAUUGAAGACUUUGACUCCGUGCAGCUUCAAGUUGAAGCCAAGCGAGAUGAACUCGACAACGCAUUGAAACUCUUCAGAUUUAUCACGGACGCUGAUGAAGAAGUUGAUUGGUGCAAAGAGAAACUCGUCGUCGUCGAGCACGAAGCUCCUUCAAGUGAUCUUACCCAAUCUCGCGCUACAAGUCUGAAGCAUAAGCAUUUGGAAUACGAAUACGAAACAAGAUCAGCUAAGAUUGACAAGAUCCUCGCCACGGGCGAUGAGCUCGGUGAUGACGCCGCUGACAAGGCUCAGGAAUUGAAGGAAGCUCAAAGAACACUCGCAGAGGCUCUCAAAGUCAAGGGGAAAGAACUCGAUGACGUUCUUAAAGAUCUUCUUUUCCAUUCAAAUGUGAAUGAGGAAAUCUCCUGGGCGAAUAACAAAGCUAGAAUGUUGUCAACAAUUGAUCCAGAAACGCAAAACCUCGAGGGAAUCCGAAAUAAACUCGGUAAAGUUCAAAACCUCAAAAUUGACGUUGAAGCUCACGAAGCGAACGCGAAAAAGCUCAGGGACGGAAAAGAAAAUGAUCCUCAUCUUAUGAAACUUACCAUCGCUUUUGUCGAGCUGGUGACAACCUAUACGGAGACUUUACAAAAACUGCAGGAUCGCGAGGCAUUUUUGGCAUUUACAAGAAAGUGUCAGUACUGCUCUGAUUGGAUAAGCGACCGUCAGCGACGACUUGCUGCUGAAAACAUCAAUGCGACUGACAUGUCUCUUCUCAACGCUCUUUUGAUCAAGCAAGAUAACCUCGAAGACUCACUGAAAUCUUUUGAAUCCGAGGGAAUCAACGCCACUGGUGUUCUUUUGUUAAACUCGAGGAGUCCAACCAUCCAGAUCUUGAGCACGCUGAGCUCAAAUGGGAAGAGCUAA